AUGGAAGACAAUAGCAAUUGGAAAAGAAAAGCCCCAGAAGAAGUUUCUCCUGCCAAGCUUUUAAGAGCUCAAACCUCAGAAAACGAUCAAAGUACUCGAGAAAAAUUGGAAGCAAUAAUCAAAGAAAAUCAGCGUCUUCAAACUGAAAACGAUAAUUUAUCAAGAGAAUUGGCAGAGAAAAAGGUAAAACUUAUAUAGAGAGAGCUCGAAGUGCUUCAAAGAGAGCAUUCAAGUGAUUCAAUGGUAAUAGAUGAGCAAGUUAGCGAGCUUCAAAUACAAUAUGAUAUUGAAGUUAGGAAAUUUAAAGAAGAAAUGAUCAAGAUGUUUGAUGACUUUGAACCUCAUAUCAAAGUUUAG